AUGGCUCAAUCUCAACCUCGCCGCUUUGCCCAGAUCGUGCACCUCAAGCCCUCCGCUGUUGCCGCAUACAAGGAGUGCCAUGCCAAUGUCUGGCCUGAGAUUCUUCAAAAGAUCAAGGAGUGCAACAUCGUAGACUACUCAAUCUACUUCGAUAAUGAUCGGACUCUGUUCGCGACCUUCAAGUAUAUCGGAACAGACUUCGAAGCUGAUAUGAAGAGCAUGGCAUCACUCCCUAAAAUGAAAGAGUGGUGGACUAUGACUGAUGGAAUGCAGGAGAGCCCUAUUCCUGGAGCCGUGGGCAGUGCGGAGGGUCCAGGGUGGUGGAAGCCCUUGGAGGAAGUGUUCCACACCGACUAA